AUCCAAUCUCUUACCAAACUAAACCCAACUACACAAGUCUCUCUCUCUCUCUUUCUCUUUCCCUCUCUCUCUCUCUCGCUCUUUCUCUCUAGCAUCAACUAUGCAAAAAGCAAUAAGACCAUACGAGUCAUCGUCGUGGACGACGACUGUGCCGGGAAAUAGCAUUUUCCGUCCAAAGACUGAAGAUAAACCAUCAUCAUCAACGUCAUUAGCAUGGCUAACAUCACCAAAGCCAAAGCCAACAUCUAUAAACGCUAAGAGAUCAAGCAACCACCUAGUGGUGAUGGAGAAUGCUGUGGUGGUGUUUGCGAGGAGAGGGUGUUGUAUGGGACACGUGGCGAAACGGCUGCUACUGACACAUGGUGUGAACCCGUUGGUGGUUGAAAUUGGUGAAGACGAAGAAGACAACAAGUACGACAACAUCUUAAGUGAUAAAGAGAAAUUACCAGUGAUGUACAUAGGAGGGAAGUUGUUUGGAGGGUUGGAAAAUCUGAUGGCUGCUCAUAUUAAUGGUGAUUUAGUGCCUAGUCUUAGACAAGCUGGGGCUUUAUGGCUUUGAUUUUGAAUCCUCAUCAUAUUUUAUUUAAUUUGUCUUCUUCUUCUUCUUCCUUUUUCCUUCCUUUUUACAUGAUUUGUUGAUAUUUUUUUUUUUAAUGUAGUCUUCUGCCUAUGUGAAUUUGUAAAAGAUUGUUACGUGAUUAAUUUGAAUGAUCAUAAAGAAACAAAGAAAAUAACAAAAACUGCA